AUGUCAUACCACCAUGAAAAGAUGCAGGACCUGGAAGGCCGGUCAGAGGUAGAAUUGCAGUCCCCAGAGGUCGCCUCCACGGAGCUCAUGUUUCCAGAUGGUAGCUACCAAGCCUGGCUCACUGUGGCUGCUGGGCUGCUGGCACAAAUCUCAAGUAUCGGAUUUUUGAGUGCGUUUUCUGUCUUCCAAAGCUACUAUAGCGAGGUGACACUACCUAAAUCGAGUGCCAGUGAUAUAUCCUGGAUCGGAAGUCUGCAAGCCUUUGGCUGCUUUUUCCUGGGAAUAUGGGCCGGUAUCCUGUCCGACAAACGAGGGCCCAAAUGGCCCUUUGCUCUGGGGACAUUUUUCAUGGUUUUCGGAACAAUGAUGGCAUCAAUUUCAUCUUCCUACUACCAGUUCGUCCUCUCACAAGGAAUUUGUAGUGGCAUCGGAUUCGGGUUAGUUUUCACCCCAGCCCUUGCCAUUCAAUCACAAUGGUUUUUGAAGAAACGUGGAUUCGUCGUUGGCUUGGUUAUGUCAGGCCAAAACAUCGGCGGUGUCAUCUGGCCAAUCCUCGUGGAUCGCCUCAUUACCACUUACGGGUUGUCACUCGGGUGGACGCUCCGCACCAUUAGCUUCAUGCAGUUGUUCCUUAUGGUCGCCGCCACAUUGAUGGUUCAUCCACGCUUCUCUGACAUUCCUCGGGAGCCGAUCCCUGUGAAGCAAUUCCUGACCGAUAAACGGACCUGCUUAUUCACGUUAUCUUCAUUCUUAUUUUUCUUUGCGAUCUACAUUCCUUAUUUCUACAUCACCCCCUACGCCAUGCAAUGGGGCACUUCCCUCAACAUGGCGUUCUACAUGUCGUCAAUUCUGAACACUGGCGCUUUCUUCGGUUGUUACAUUUUCGGCGUGGCAUCCGAUCACGGUCUUGGCCAAUUUAAUGCACUUACAUUGGUGGCCUUCGGCUGCGCUGUGACGGCUUUUGGCUGGAUUGGAACUAAGGACAAUGCGGGUAUUGUCGUAUGGAGUAUUAUUUACGGGUUCCUCUCCGGCGCCCUCCAAGCGCUUGUGUCGCCGUGCAUCUCCCACUUGGCACCCAAGCCAGAACUGAUCGGUACAUGGAACGGGCUCUGUAUAAGUGUAAUUUCGCUUGCUGUUCUUGGCAUGGGACCGAUUGCCGGAAAGUUGCUUGAUAACACGGGCGGCACUAACUAUCUCCCCAUGCAAUUGUUUACGGCGGUACUUUUGAUGGCGGCUAGUUCUUUAUAUAUCAUUUCACGCCUUCUCGUUUCUCGGAAGGCGAUUGUCUGA